GCUGGAUGAUGCCAGUUAUACUUCCAGUCUCGCCUCGAGUGCUAUGAAUUAUGCGUAUGAGAACGGUCGCAGAUAUCAUUCCUACCAUGAGGGUGAAUAUGUAUUACCCAAUGACGAACAAGAGCAAGAUCGACUCGACUUGAGUCAUCAUAUUUAUAGCAUGCUGCUGAAAGGCGAAUUGCACCGUGCGCCCAUCAAGAACCCCGCUCGCGUUCUGGAUAUCGGCACCGGGACGGGGAUAUGGGCAAUAGACUUUGCGGAUCAGCAUACUGGAUCUGAAGUUAUCGGCAACGACCUUAGUCCCAUUCAACCGUCAUGGGUCCCGCCGAAUUGCCGCUUCGAGAUUGACGACUUUGAACAACCCUGGUCGUACAGCAAACCGUUUGACUACAUCCACGGUCGCGAGCUGGAGGGCUGCAUCCGCGACGUCGACCGGCUAAUGGCACAAGCGCUCGAGAAUCUCCGGCCGCGCGGCUGGUUUGAGAUUGCCUCGAUGGAGGUCAACACCUAUUCGGACGACGGGACGCAUCUCAAGGCCACGACCCUGCUGGAAGGGGUUAAGUUCAUGCACGACUGCGCUUCGAAGUACGGAAAGGAUAUGCGGACCGUGCACGGAUGGAAGGACAAAAUGGAGAAAGCGGGAUUUGUGAAUGUACGGGAGGAGAUCUACAAGCUCCCUCAAGGCCCGUGGGCCAAGGACCCGAAGAUGAAGGACCUGGGCAAGUUCCACCAGGUCAACAUGCUCGAGGCCAUGGGCCCUUACUGCUAUGCGCUGUUCACGCGGGUGAUGGGGUGGCAGAGGUCCGAGAUCGAGGUGUUCGUCGCGGGGAUAAAGAACGAGCUCCGCGACCCGAAUUUGCAUCUCUACACCAAGGUCCAUAUUGUGUACGGGCAGAAGCCGGAAUGACACCGUUGUGAGGCCAGCUGCUGUUCUGGUAAUAGGAUACCCAGGUUUAUGAUUUGGAUGUGUUCCGUUUGUGACGACUUAGCGCUAGCUAUUAAUGAGAAUGAAUGACUUCUUUGGCA